GCGAUGAAUGUGAAACGAAAUUCCUGAAAGAAUAAUUUUAUUUAUUUGUUUUAUAAACAAUUCAGUUACAUGUUAUGUUAAUACGGUCACCAAACAUGAGCAGCCACGAAGACGAUGAUCUAGACGACGACUUGCCGUGCGUGUCUCUAAGCCGAACAACAAGUGGAAAGAGUGAGUUGGAGAUGCCUCCAGCGUCGCAGUUGGCGUCGUUGCGAGCUCGCGAGGACGCGGCGGAGCGCGCGUUGCAAGAUUUACAUGAAAACAAUGAUCCACUUCUGGUCAGCCUUUCUAGAAGUACUAGCCAGAGCUCGGCUAGUGAGGAGGGCGAGGCAGCAUUAUCAGCGGCAGUAUCGGCACUGCAAGUAGCAGAAACUCCGCCCGACACCCGAGGAAUGUGCGCGGAGCGCUUACAGCUACUGACGGCUAUGAGGGAUCAUUUCCCGGAGGAUAGGGAGUUUCUUGAUAGUUAUAUAAAGAUGAUGAAGGACAAACCGGAGGCGGUGGAUGGUGUCACUGAACAUAUCCUGCAAGGCAUAUCCUCAGCGCUAAUAUCGGGGCGCACCCCCAACAUGCCCGGCGCGGCGGGCUGGCUGCUCGCCGCGGCGCUGAGCGCGGCGCGGGCGCUGCGGGCGCGGCGCGCGCUGCACGCCGUGCUGGACCACGCUAGCGCCGCGCACGUGCACAAGCUGGCUACUGCUGCUAGUGCGGCUAUAAAAGACGCGGAUCAACUACUGGCAGCUUACGACGCUGUACGGACUGGAACAAGACGCGGAGCAGAUCAACUAGCAUCUAUCCUACUCGCUCACGCCAUGGCAAGGGUUUUAGCUCAAAAGGAUAAAUCGCCGUCCGAAUCCGACCCACCUUCCCCUCUAUCCUCAGAAUCUGUUACAUUGGUGCGAGCCACCUGGAGGAAGUUACCAACUCGUUCACAACUCACACUGUUGCGGUGCGUUGGACGCGCGCUCGCUUCUGCGGGGGACACAGGGGAAAAGGGAGACAUAGACAAGCCGGACAUAGGAGGCAAAGGGGAUGUGACGGGAAAAGAAGUCUCGGGGGAUACUGUGGUUGAAGAUACGGGAGAUAAAAUGGACACUGAAGAAGAUAACGGUGUUAAAACAGAGGAUUCAGAUGACAAAGAAAACAGGCUCCCUAAAACAGAACCCAGUGACAUGGAUAGUACACACAAGACCAAUACUGAAUGUAAAAUAGAGAAAGAAGGAGGAGCGGCGUUGCUGGCGGCGAUCGGGCAGCCCCUGCCGCGGGCCGCAGCCUUCGAUAUCAAUAGACAACAGGUAUUAACAAACGUAUCAAAACUUCAACUAAUAUUCCGCAAAAGAUUUAUAAGCGAUCCAGAAGACUACCCAUUAGAUGCCGCACUAAACUGCUCACAGAACUCACUAGACGAAUCCAUAGAUGCCACACCCACAAAAACAGAGCUAAAAAUACAAAUACCGAUGAGACUGGUCACACCUAUGAAACUGCACUUCCCAAUAACAUCAAAAAAGACACAGCCAAUUUUAAAAACACCUGAAAAUCCAGGGACGAUAAAAAAGAUAGCGAAGGGACAGAAGAAAAUGGAUGAGUUUUUUAAACCUCAAGUAAAAGUGUUAGAAGAAGAAAAGGAACGUUCGCCUGAACCGAAGAGGAUUAAAAGGCAGAGGCCGGAACGAAAAUGUGCUAAGAGUGGGAAGAGCUAGCCUACCUACAUUUAUUUAAUUUAUAGAUGCACCGGAUAUUCGGUUACUAUCCGGUAU